CGUUUAUAUUUGUGUAAGCAUGAAGGUUUAAGGGUUAAAUCUAUUGAAGAAGGAGCUUUUGUGAUUACAUGUGGAGGAGUCCCAUAAUUGUUGCGCCAGUUCUCUUCUAAUCACCUAAGGGAACAUUAAAAAGCCAGUUCACCGGCUAACAAGUUCUAUUCACAUAAAAUGAAACAGAUAAAUUUGUAACUGGAUUUACGAUGAAUGUAUGGAGAUUAUAUAAUGAACCUGAGAUAGACAUAAACUUUAUAAACACGCAGAGUGUUUUUGGACUAUCGAUACUUUUUACAGUGUUAACCGGUAUUCAGUUCUCAUCCACAGAAGUGAUUGGCGCACCAAGAGGCACAAUAGAUGUUAUUAAAAACCUAAACCUACACAGCAUACAAACAGCAUUUGAAGUAACAAGUGGCUUUUGUCCUAACCGUCCCAAAAGUAAUGGAAAGUUUUUCAAUGGUGAUAAGGCUUUGCUUGCCAAAAAGCCGUUUACAAAAUCUUUACCCAAAUUAACAUUAGUUUCUACAAAUCAUAUUUCUGUUGUUGUGACUUUAAAACUUUCAGAACUUACAAUUAAACAAGAUUUUUAUUUAAUACGUUUUCAGUAUGGCAAUCGCUGGUUUGGUAUUCGUAUUUCAGACAGCAUUGUUAUUGAUUACUUUGAUUUAAAGUUGACAACUAUAGAAUAUAAUGUACAGAUUACUGAUAAAACUUGGCAUCGGUUAGGUUUGAGCAUCAACAAUAACUUGUUAACAUUUUUUAUGGACUGCAGUAUUAUCAGGGUAGAUACGUUGCCCAACGCAUUUAGUCAUAACAGUGAUGAUAGAAUAAAAUUGAAUUUUGGAGAAAAUGUGGAUGGAUCUGGAGCAGGUUUUCUGGGUGCAAUUCAAGAUUUCAGAAUUACUGCUGAUGCGAGCACUGCAAAGACAUAUUGUGAGACCUUAAUGCCUGGAUGUCACUUACCGAUUUUACGGGAAAGCGGACUAGCACCCACUUUAAUACCACCUUUAAUGCCAGACCCAUUGGGGAGCUUGAAUGGAGGCACCAUAACCGAUUCAACAGUGGCACCUUUAACUACUUCAUAUUCAAAUACCCAGGAAGCACUAACUUUUCCAGAUGUUACAACAAAAGAAGUGAAUGUUAGAAUAAGACCAGAGAGAGAAAAAGUAAUAGUUACUGGACCACAUGGAGAUCCGGGUGAUCAAGGUGUGCAAGGAAUACCAGGAGAUAGGGGAUAUCCUGGAAGGCGAGGUGUGACUGGUGAACGAGGACCAUCUGGAGACAGAGGACACGUUGGGGAAAAAGGUGAUAAAGGUGUUGAAGGACCACCCGGACAUAGGGGUUUCCAUGGAAUGGCUGGCAUGCCAGGAAGACCUGGUCCCAAAGGGGAACAGGGUCUUCAUGGUCUACCGGGUCCACCUGGUGGAAGAGGACCUGAAGGAGCCAAGGGUAAUGUUGGAGAUCAAGGAGUUCAUGGCUUGCCAGGGGAAAAAGGAGCAACUGGUGAACCUGGAUAUAAAGGACCCCCUGGACCAAGAGGACCACAAGGUUUACCUGGUCAAGUUGGACCACCUGGUCAACGCGGUCCAGUGGGUGCAAUUGGACCCCCAGGAGCCAUUGGUCCAGUUGGUCUACCUGGACUGACGGGCAAACAUGGCACACCAGGAAGUAUGGGAUUACCUGGAGAGAAGGGUGAUCGUGGUACACCUGGAGCAACAGGACCCAGAGGUUCUGAUGGAGCACCGGGGUUUCCUGGAACGGAAGGUCCACAAGGAGAAAAAGGCGAAAGGGGCACGAUUGGUCCUCCAGGGAUAAUGGGAUAUCCUGGUCCUAAAGGAAAGAAGGGUGAAAAAGGACGACUUGGACAACAGGGAACAAAAGGUGACCCUGGAAAAAAUGGACAUACAGGUGAGAAAGGUGUGAAAGGUCCGAAAGGUGGGAGAGGCAUUACUGGACCUGCUGGACCAGCUGGACCUGAAGGCCGCGAAGGUCCAAAGGGAAGACUUGGAUCACCUGGAGCACAAGGCUCUCCUGGACCCCCAGGAGCAAAGGGUGACAAGGGCAUCCCAGGAAUGUCCGGAUAUCCUGGCCAACCUGGUACUAAGGGUGAGGCUGGUAUAGGUGGUGCACAGGGUAAUGUUGGGCCGAAAGGAGAUAAGGGUGAUGAUGGAACAUCAGGUAGUCCAGGUAUUAAAGGACCCAGGGGUAAACCUGGACCCAAAGGCAAUCGUGGUCGGCCGGGUGUUCAUGGAGUCAAGGGAGCAAAAGGAAAUGAAGGUCCUCAUGGAGACAACGGUCCAAAGGGACCACAUGGUUACCAAGGCUUGCCUGGUGCUGCAGGAUCACCAGGAGAAGACGGACCCCCAGGACCUCAUGGACAGCCAGGAUUUCCAGGUCCAAGGGGAGAUAUGGGUCCAACAGGAAAAACUGGUCCUUCAGGUCCACAUGGAUUACCUGGACCCAGGGGACCUGCUGGAGAUCGAGGUCCUCCCGGACAACGAGGUUUACCUGGAAGACAGGGUAAACAAGGAGAAAUUGGACCUACCGGUGAUGUAGGAAAACCUGGGAAUGAUGGUGAAAAAGGCGCUCCUGGAAAGUCUGGAAAACUUGGAGAAAAGGGUGAUGAAGGUAGUCCUGGCGAAAAAGGAGCAACAGGAGUCACGGGAACUAAAGGUCCGAAAGGCUCUGAAGGACCUCCUGGUAUACCCGGUUCCAUGGGCCCUCCUGGUAUCCCUGGAAAAAUUGGACCUCCAGGACAACCUGGAAUCAGAGGAGCUCCUGGACCUAUUGGAAUUACAGGUGUACAAGGACCAAAGGGUGAAGUGGGAGAAGCAGGCGACCGAGGAAGAAUUGGUCCCAGAGGACUGAAAGGCGUUACGGGAAAACCUGGUAUGGCUGGACUACCUGGCAAGAUAGGCAAAGAUGGCGAAAAGGGUGAUAUUGGACAAAGAGGGAAUCCUGGUAAAGAUGGGGUGAGAGGAGAGCAGGGUGAGCAAGGUCCUCCUGGUUCUCAAGGUGAAAGAGGACUCCCUGGGCCAAUGGGACCAGCUGGAAGUCGAGGGAAUAUUGGGGAAGCAGGACCAAGAGGAAGUAAGGGACCAGAUGGGCCAAUGGGUAUUCCUGGUGAAGCAGGUCCUCCUGGAAUUGUUGGUGUUCCUGGAAAAGAUGGGCCGCCAGGCGACCGUGGAAACACUGGUUUGCGGGGCGAACCUGGUGCACAAGGUGAUAGAGGCAAGCAAGGGAAACCUGGACUUAAGGGAAAUGUUGGUGCAUCGGGAAAACCUGGUUUACAUGGAAAACGUGGAGAGAAGGGUUCGAUAGGUGUACCUGGGGAAAAGGGUAUUGUUGGAAAGCCAGGCCUGUCCGGUAACGAUGGUCCGAAAGGUAAUAAAGGUGAAAUAGGAAGACAAGGCUUGAAGGGAAUAAAAGGUGUUUCAGGACCAAAAGGACCUGUUGGUUUGAGAGGGGAAAAGGGUUCAACGGGAAGAGCUGGAUCAGAUGGAUCGACAGGAUUGCCAGGUCCUCCUGGUUUAAACGGCUCACCAGGAAAAAAUGGGAGAAAAGGUAGCAUUGGUGAACAAGGUUUGCAAGGUCCACCUGGUGAAGUUGGCGAACGGGGACCCACCGGCCCACUUGGCCCACCUGGACCAAGAGGAAUUGAGGGUAAACAAGGCAAAACUGGACCACAGGGCGAUCCGGGUGCUCCUGGUAUCAAUGGUCCAACAGGUGCAAUGGGACCACAAGGUAAACGGGGACCAGAAGGAGAAGCUGGCCCAAGAGGUCCAAGAGGCGAAACUGGUCCACCAGGAGACAAGGGUCCAGUUGGCUCACCUGGUAGUCCUGGAAUUGUGGGUGUUCCAGGUAGCGCUGGAAUUCAAGGCUUGCCUGGGGAACACGGAGAUCAGGGUGGUCCUGGGCCAAUAGGCGUACCUGGAAAAAUGGGCCCAAAAGGCAAUCAGGGCGAACGUGGUAUGGACGGCAUGAUGGGAAGUCGUGGAGAGAAAGGAAAAACCGGCCCGCGUGGUGAUGGUGGCUCAAAUGGACGACCGGGACCGAUAGGACCCAAGGGAGAGCCUGGAUUCAAGGGUGAAAAAGGAGACAGAGGAUAUGACGGCAACAAGGGUGUACAAGGCCCGGACGGACCACCAGGACCGCCGGGAAAUCCGGGAAGUAAUCAUUUCCUCUCGGGGUUUAUAGAUAAAAAUUUAGGGGUGUAUGAAGAGCCUGGUAGUGGCGGCCACGGGCGUAAACGAAGAAGCACAGAAGAGAAAACAUUUAUUGAACUUGAUGAAAAGAUGACGAAGGUCGCUAAAACUGUUGGUCAGAUAAAAGAACCUGAAGGGAAAAAAGACAAUCCGAUACGACAUUGUAAAGAUAUGCUGAAGUGCAGCAAAAAAUAUGUGGAUGGAUACUAUUACAUCGAUCCAAAUCAGGGCAAUCCAUCAGAUGCUGUGCUGGCAUUUUGUAACUUCACUGCUGGUGGCGAAACAUGUGUUUCUGCCGAUCCUAGAAAUUACUCGAUAUAUACUGAAUAUCCAUAUGAUGUUACUGAGAAAAAAUGGUUUAGUGAAACUAAGGAAGGCUUCAGGGUGACAUAUACAAAAGUUCACCGCUCACAGUUGACUUUCUUGCGGUUGCUAAGCGAUGAAGUACAUCAGAAUAUUACCAUCACAACACCGUCAUCGGUCGAAGUCACCGACGUGGAUUUGCGCAGGUUAAAAUUCAAAAAUCGACAAGAUUAUAUUUCUAAGGAAUUCGUGACGUCGCGCAAGCAGAUAUGUAUGAAUACAAAGUGUAGUUUAUCUAUAACGAUGUCAUCAGAUGAUGUAGACGUGUUGCCAAUAACAGACUUUAAAUUACAUGGCUACUACACUAGCAGCUAUUCUUUCAAUACAGUGGAUUCAUCUCUUCUCUCAUUCCACGUUGGACCACUGUGUUUCAAGUAGAGACGUAACCCUCCAUAAAAAUAUUUCAAGUCGAAGGUCUUCUAGUGCUCAUGUGAAAACUAUUUUUAUUUGAAAGCAAUAAUAUAAGUUGUAAAUAAGUUUGGAUGUGAUCGCGUAAAUGUCGGAAACACUAUGCCAUUUGCCGCUUUCUUUUCAUUUUAACGUUUACCUGUUUUUGUGUUUGUCUUAAAGCUUAUGGCAUUUCUGUUCAUGCUUAUAAAACCGUUUUAGAGCGCAUGUGUAUAAAAUUGCUCCGUAAAUUCACCUAAAUUAUUCUCAUUUCUGUUAAAGAUAUAGAUACGAAAAUUUUUUAUUUAGCCUGGAUAUAGAAAAAAUGUCUUUCAAUAUCUUUUCUCCAGUUUUUUCUAAAAUAAAAUGAUUUUUUUUACGUUUUAACGACAAAAUCCUAUUUAUAUGACUCGUUUUGUUGUUUUCUAUGUUA